GAUAACUCUUACUUAGAAGCUUAAAAAAAUGACAGCUUACAACUCCAUGAGUGCUAUCCCUGAUUUAAUCAGCAGUAGUGUUUCUUUAGAUUUAGAGAACCAUGAGAACCAACUUGGAACAUUGGGAACAAUUCAUCCUUUUGCCCCUCAAAAAUCUAUGAUCAAAAGCUUUGGAAGGGAGUUCAGAAGUGUUCUGAGACUGAAACAGUCCAAAAAGAUUUUUCUUUUUCUUGGACUAAAUGUUCUUGGUACUAUCAUUUUAUUCAUUUGGUGCCAUGCAACCAAUAGUAUGGCACUGACUGCAUACACAUACCUAACCAUAUAUGACAUAUUUAGUUUACUGAUAUGCCUCUUGAGUCUUUGGGUUCAGAUGCAGAAGCCUUCACCAUCAUAUUCUUUUGGGUAUGAAAGGUUUGAAGUAUUAGCAGUCUUUGCAAGCACAAUGUUAGCACAGCUUGGGGCAUUGUUUAUCAUCAAAGAAAGCAUUGAAAGGUUACUGAUACCUCCAGAAAUCCACACGGGACGACUUUUGAUAGGAACUGUAUUUGCUUUUUUCCUGCACAUGUUUGUGACCUACAGUAUAAACAACAAAGCCAUAAACCACACUGUAGAUGCUUCCAGCUCAAGCUGGCUCCAAGAACAUGUCUCAGAUAUGAGUGAAAGUGUUUGUCACAUUGUUCCCGGACUGAGUAAGCUUUUGCUGCCAAGGAUUAACCCCUUUGCACUGAUCGGAUGCACUGGUGCCAUAGCUUUAAUACUCACAUAUAUUCUCGUUGAUACAAAGUCCUACUACUCGGCGGACACCUGGGCUGCCAUGGCGAUAGCCAUCAAAACCUGUGGAACUAUGUUUCCUAUGAGCGUUUACACAGGCAAGAUUCUCCUACAGACUGCUCCCUCCCACAUCCUGGGUCAGCUAGACAAGGUGCUGAGGGAGGCCUCCACAUUAGACGGGGUGCUGGAAUUCAGGCACGAACAUUUCUGGACCCUCUCCUUUGGGACUUUGGCUGGAUCAGUACAAGUAAGGGUAAGGAGGGACGCUGAUGAACAAAUGGUGCUGGCUCACGUCUACAACAGACUCUCCAACCUGGUCUCCCAGUUGACCGUCCAGAUCUUCAAAGACGACUGGACCAGGGCCUCCUCCUAUAACCUACUGGCCGGGUCCUCAUUCCCUUCGCCUUUCCCUCCAACCUCUGGAGCUCAAAGAGGACCUUCACCCAUCCUUGAUCAAUCUCAGAGAUACAAAAUGAACAAACCUUUUUCCACUGAUAAUAUUGCACAGGACCAGAGAACGUCUACACCCAUCAGGGCUAUACCUUCAUUUGGAACGAAUCGUCUUGAACCAAGUCAUCAAGGUCAUGGUCACAGUCAUCAAGGUCAUGGUCACAGUCAUCAAGGUCAUGGUCAUAGCCACUGAUUUGUUGUUUGAAUCAUAUUUCAUAGCUGGAAAUGGUAAUGUGUUUAGGGGUCCAUGAAGUUCAAUUCAAGUGAAACCAGUUCCAGAAUCUCUUGAUGUCAACAUUUAAAAUAUGUUACUUGAAUAUGGUGUUUUGUUUUUUUUUUAAGAUUUAUUUGAUAGCAAGAAAUUUAAACUGAUAUUUUAAAAAAGCAUUUUCUCUCAUGUAACCAAACAAGUGUUUGUCAUUUAGUUGUGUUCAAUGUUUAUUGUUGGUUUUAGUGACAUUGUACACAACCAGUAUCAUGAGUUUUACAGUUAAAAAAAACUAUCGUUGGAAUUUCAUGUGCAUUUUAGGACUUUGGCACCUAAUAUUAAAUUCUUUUCCUCUGAAUUUCCAAAAUACAUGUAUAUUUUGAUAUAAAACUCACUUGUGUGUUGUCCAUGAAAAAAUUCACACCAGUUCUAUAUGAGUCACAUUCCAACAGAAAGGAACACAGUAAGAACAACAAUAUGUUAUGCAAGACCCAUUCUCGAUGACCUGUGGUUUUUUGUCCAUAUACAUGUAAUGUAGUUGUGGUCAUUUGAUAUAAUGUCUCUCAGCCAUGUUUUGCCAUGAAGGACAUAUAUGUAAUAUACGUGAUAAAUUAUGUACGCAUGAUGAAUGUGAUAUGAUGAAGCAAUUAUUUUUAAUGUACUGUACAGUUUUUUGCUGUAAUUCUAUUGGAAUAACUUUAAUAAAGGUAUAAAAAAUCA